AUGACUGACACCUGCGAUGUAUAUCUGAUCGGAUCUUUGCUGACAUCCUCUGAAGAAUCCGCCGAAUACGCUGUGACGAGACAUGGCCAUCCUGCAAGCGUUGUACGACCUCAGGCCGUCGCUGCGACGGCCCUCUCGUUCGCUCAGACGUGGACCUUGACAUCCACCAUCCGAAUGCGCCCGCUUCCCUCUUUAUGGAACGAGAGCGAACAAGACACACGCUAUGUGCAAUACUUUAUCGAGUGCCUCUCCCGGGACACACCCAGCUGUGGCGGCGGGUUCCCGCACUGGCGACCUCUCAUGAUCCAAGCCAUGCACCAGGAGGUCGCCGUCCGUCGAGGCGUGAUCGCUCUGAGCGCGGUUAUGCAGGAACGAAUGGCGCAUGGCUCGCUAGAAAUCCAUGGCUUCGAUGCCCCUCCCCGCAGCGGACGGUAUCUCUUCGGGCUAAAGAAGUACGGCAAGGCGCUGGCGUCCUUGCAGCAGCUCGUCAGGGACAUGGGGAGUGACAAACAUCUUGUCGAGGUGGCCUUGAUCUGCGGAAUCAUCUGUAUAUGGUUCGAGAUCCUCGUGCGGGAUUAUGUGGCCGGGUUGAGUCACCUGGAGAUGUGUCUGAAGAUUGUCCGUAACGCGGGCCGGGUGGGCGACAUCGACUCCGAGAUCCUAAGAGCAUACGCGCGGAUGGACAUACAGGCCUCGUUGUACAUCGGAAUGCGCGCCCCCGUAACCGUCACCGGGGAGAUGUCUCCAAUCCCGUACGUCUUCGACUCGUUCGGCCAGGCCGAAUCAUGCCUGGUAGAGGAGUACGCCCGAGUGGUCCACUUUAUACGUAGGGUUGCGAGCUUCUACCGCUACCACGAGCCAGGUUCCGUUCCACUGGAGCUAAUCGCAUACACACAUACCCUCCAAGCGCGCCUUGAGCUCUGGAAGUCGGCAUUCAGCUACUCCUAUUCCUGUCAGAAGGCGCAGGGGAGUCCGCGGACGGCUGCGCGGGCUUCUCUCCUGCUCAUCCAAUAUUACAUCGCGCUGAUCACCGCAUCGACAUCCGUCUAUGCCGAGCAGACGGCAUAUGACCAGUUCCUGCAUGCGUUCGCGCGGAUCCUCAUGCUGGCGAAAUCAUCCAGCACCCAUCAGGUGAGUGCCGCGGCACCGGCGCUGGUCGGCGUCCCCGUCGAGAUGGGCGUCAUUUACCCGCUGUACUUUGUCGCGACCAAAUGCCGAGACCGCGCAGUCCGGGAAGAGGCCAUCGACUUGCUGUCGUCGGCGCCGUACCCAGAUGUGGUCUGGGAGGCGCCUAUCCUGGCGGCAGUGUCGCAAAGGGCAAAGGAAAUAGAGGAGUCUGGACUCGACGGGGAUGAGCCGAUCCCUGAGUUCAAGAGGAUCCAUAGCCUGGGACUGGAUAUUCACCACGAAUCUCGGCAGGUGCGCGUGGAAUUCCGGAGACGAUCGAACGGGAUGGAUGGGGAGUGGGAUGAAUGGCGGGAAUCGCUUAGUUGGUAG